AUGCAUAAGAGUUCAUUGGUAGGAUCUUCCUCUCCAUUUGAUCCUAAGAAAGGUAAAGUGACCGUGCAACGCCCUGGAGACCAAAAAGCUUAUCAGUGUGGCCCGAGUAGCAAGAAAAAUAAAAAAACAGAUUCUGACGCUCUAAAAGAAAUUAUCCGUUGUCGGGACGAGGGCACUUCUAGAAUAGAUCUCUCCAAAGGGCAGCUCCUCUCUCUUCCAUCUACGAUACGAGAUGUUGCAAACAACCUCAAAGAAUUGUACUUAUACUGCAAUAAACUCGUUAGGUUGCCAAAAGAAAUUGGAUGUCUCUCACUCUUGGAAAUAUUAAUGGUGCAGGAAAACUCAUUAACACGUCUUCCUGAGUCUCUGGCGAAUUGUGUUAAUUUAACCAUGUUGGAUGUGCGCCAUAACAAGCUCUGUGAAAUCCCUCCAGUUAUUUACAAAUUAGUUAACCUUACUCAUCUACUCCUGCGCUUCAAUAGGAUUCGUGUAGUAGAUGAAGAAAUCAGCAAUCUGACGUUCGAACCGAGAUUUCGUUGGGUAGAUUAA